CCCGAGCCUGCGGGCGAGGUGGGAGCCGUGGGCUCGGCGGAGUGGAACUUGGGAUCUAGGUCCCUGGUGCCUCCUCAGCCUAGAAGGGCCAGGGGUGGGGACCCUGUGGGCUAGGGACCUGAAGGUCCCGCCCCCGAGGCGGGGCCUGGACUCCCGUGGGCUCCUUCCGCAGCCAAGUUCAGCCGCGCAGGCUAGCCGCCCAGCAGCUGGUACCCGCCGGCCUCGCUGAUGCUGCGGAGAGCCCAGAUAGAAGAACAUGGAGUAGUUCUGAACCACGUUUGUGCAAUUCAGAGGGGUGCCUUGUGGUGAAAAGAGCCAAGGAUGAUAAGAAAAGCCUUUUAGUGGAACACAUACAAUGAUGGAGUGACAAGGACCCACAAAGAGAGUCAGGAUGGAGAGCCCAGGAUGAACUGAGGCCAUUGAGGACAGCCCAGAACAACAAAGAGUCUUUUCAUGUGGGGACCAGAGCAAGGAACAAGGACUGCACAGACCCAUCACUGCCUAGGGCAGCUGUGUCUGUGGGAGGAGAAAGGGGAAGGCGCAGUUCCAGUUUGUCCAGAAAACAGCUGCACAGGGGAUGAUCCUGCUCCCGCUUCACAGACAGCGAAGGAAAGCCGGAAAAAGUGGGCUGGGCUGGUGUCAGCCUACACGGGACACUGAAUGACCAGUGUUGCUCACUGUUGCUCCCUUUUUCUGCAGAGAGUGGUCAAAGGCAUCCAGUCCAGGCUUCACUGGGGACUUUGCAGUCUCAUAGCUCCUCCUGGGGGUAGAGACUGCUCCUUUGGACCUCCAAAGCCCUCUAGAUGAAUGGCUGCUGGAACAUCCACCUUGCUUAGCCUGUCAGGCCUUGCUGAUCACAUGGCUGAGGGCAAAGGGGCUUCUCUGAGUCCUUCAGCUGAGAAAAGAUGGAGGCUCAUGGCGCCCGAGCAGGUCCAGUCAGGGCUGCUCAGGAAGACAAACCUGGACUCUGGAGCUGCUGCAGGUAAGGGUGGCCAAGAUGUGACCUGUCCUGAACUGAGUCUGUCGACAGCAUUGAACAAGCCUCAACUGGACAGGCCUCUGGCCUGUAAGGCAUGCACAGAGCUGCCAUGUCUCCAGGAGAGGCCAGGGGAUAUUCAGGCCCAGAAGAGGAAGCCAGAGGACCCAGAAGGCCAGCUCGGCACUCAGCAGCCACUCUUGGAUCUCCCCAGAGCCUCAGUUGAUGGCACAGUGUGCUCGGUAUGGCCGGGUGCAGCCCGGAGUGAGCAGAGAAGCGCUUUCAGCAAGCCGACCAAGCGCCCAGCAGAGAAACCCAGGCGCUCCCACAUGUUUCUGGCCAGUGGAAAUGCAGAGGGCCCAUGGCAGCUAUCAGGACUCAUCACCACUGUGGACAUCCCUUGUUGGGCUCAGCUGUCAACUUUCAAGGUCAUGGGUGAUUUCUGGAGAUUACACACGUUGUCACAGAACAUUCUACUCUGCAAUGCUUUCCAGGGGGCUCCCACACCAUGGCUGGAUCACACCCAGGUGCAAGCACCCACAUCCUCCCCACCUUCUGCCACAGCCUCUCGGGCUCUCUUGCCACCCACACUCUCCUCCCCAGGCUUGUCCACCCAGAACUGGUGUGCAAAGUGCAACCUUGCCUUUCGUCUGACGGCUGACCUGGUCUUCCACAUGCGGUCCCAUCACAAAAGGGAGCACGUAGGCCCCGAUCCGCAUUCUAAGAAACGGAGAGAGGAAGUCCUCACUUGCCCCAUUUGCCAUGAGUACUUCCGGGAGCGCCACCAUCUUUCCAGGCACAUGACCUCACACAGUUCGUAGGUGGCUAAGGAGAAACCCGAUGGCCAUCGUGUCUGGUGCUCAGUGGUGAGGCACAGGUGAUUCCUGGCCUUUGUUGACAAGGUUGUCUCAGGUGUCUUCAAGGUUGUUCCCUUUGCUUCCCAGAGAUGAACAGCUCAGUUAUAAUUUGUCAUGUCCUAGCCCCUGUGAUGUGUUUUCCUGGAAAUUCAUGCAUUAAAAUGGUGAGCUUCGCUCGUGGGAUAAGGGGACCCAUGAUCCUGGGAACGGGGCUGUUCCUGGCUCUGUUCCUAGUGCCCUGCAUGGAAGCAUGUGAGCACAAGAUGUUGGCUUUGCUGGUAAGGAAGCCUGCAUUCAAGGUGGGCUCUCUUGCCUAAGAGCCGCAACCUUGGACAUGUUCCUUUAACUUGCUGACCCUCAGUUUUCUCAUUUUAAAAUGGUGGUUAAUGAAUGCCAUCAAUCUUGAGGAAGGUGUGUGGUAAGUGGCCAGCUCAUUUUCCUGGUAGAAUGUGAGCACUAAGCAUAUGAAGUUCAUAGUCACUGCUUGAGCUAGUCAGCUACAUUAUUUGUGAAAUCUCAGGGGUGAACAAGUACUGGGUUUCUCUGCCAUGAGUCUGCAGCAAGGCUGAGGAAGAGCUUGGCUUGGUAGACAUGGCUCAGGCUGCAUUCAAAUCUAUGUCCUUUUCCUGCUGGGUCAAUACUCUGGACACAGUGAAGCUGGGAGCAGAGAUGGCAGCCGAAAUGCUCAGUUAGAUUCCCGGACUCCGCCUGGGUCACAAGCCUAACCUUCUCUGGGACAACCUACAUCCGGUCCUGAAGGGACUAAGUGGAAAAGCGGCCUGGCUGAAACCCUAAUGAGGGAGUGGGGGCAUCAAUCAACCCUCCUGUUGUCCGGCUCUUCGCACUGUGAAUAUGGGAGAAGAGGAAAACAGACAUGCAUCAUUCAUUCUGCAUGACUCCCAGGUGCCAUCCUUCCUUGUGAUCCUGAGCUGGGCAGGAAAGAACAACUGGAGGGAACUAAGAAUAAGGUCCCCAGCAGGCACUUUACCUCUGGUCAUACCAUGCCCCCCGCCCCAGCACUGGAGGACAUAGGCUGUGAAUUCUCAUACUACUGCAGAAGAAUUUCAACUUGAGAAGGUUACUGACUUUCCCAAGGCCACUACUCUAGAGUAUUGAUGGAAGAACAAAAUUCAGUGACCCUCAGAUCUGAGCUAAUGUCUCUUCCAGCCUGCUGCAUGUCUGUUUAGCUAGCAUGGUCACGGAGCAUACUGCAUGACUCAAGAAUUGGAACUUAGAGGCCGGCCUAGUCUCCUCAUGUCCAUUUCAACUUAACCUUGCUACUUGUGUGCAGAUUCAAACACACAUACACAUGCACACACAUACAGACACAGACACACACACAUGCACACACAUAGACACACACUUGC